AUGGAGCACAAACUCUGCUUCAAGAUACUCGCACUGCUUCUGUUUGCGUUCGGAGUGUUGGCUUCUACAGAUAUUGAAGCCCCUGUGGUUAGCACAGUAGCACCACACAGUCCAGCUGGUCUUGGUCCGGACUCAGCUCCUGGGACACUGGCUGCGGCACCUGGACCUGGAUCUAGUCUCGAGGAAACUGGUCAAGUCAAUGCCUCCAACAACAACACCAUUCCUAGCAGCGGUUUGAACUUGACUACAGAGGAAGAGCACACUCCUUUGAUACCACUGAGCACGUCCAACAAUAUUUCCACGACCACCUCUGUAGACUUUCUUAAUGGGAGCACUGCAGAAGCCUCCACAUCACGUCCUUCUUCAAGAAACCCAAACUCGCCCACUCAACACACUACCGCCCCCUCAACAACUCAACUCAGCUCAAGCAAAAAACCAGAGACUCACAAAGUCAACACACCAUCUCCACUAAAUGUUGGAGAAGACACUACGGUGGUGCAUGAGGUUCCCGCCCUGGACCCCCUGUUGGCCGGUUUGGUGUCAGCCUUCAUCAUUGCUGCAGUCAUCAUCACUCUGCUCCUCUUCCUCAAACUGCGGAGGAGAGACAGUCGCCCGGAGUUCAGGAGGCUUCAGGACCUUCCUAUGGACGAUAUGAUGGAGGACACCCCCUUGUCCAUGUACAGCUAUUGA